AUGAUGGCGGUCCUGCACAAGCAGAUCGUGAGAAUCGCGAAUCUGCACGUGCAGAUCGCAAUCCUCGCGAUUCUGCUCGUGCAGAUCGUGAGCGCGAUUCUGUUCGGGCUAAUCGCGAGCGAGAUCCUGCACGGCGAGCAGCAGGAUCCGCGAAAUCCGGCAGCGGGGAUUUCGGAAAUUGCCGAAAUCAUUGCUCGCCUUGACCCCGCGAGUCAGCACAACCUGCGGCGAAUCUUCACCGAGACAGCCGGCGACCGCGGUAUAGCGAGAUCCAGCGCUUCUACGGGACGCCGUGCAGCUGAGAAUAACUCGGCGCGAUAUACCGACAUAAACAUUGGAGCGGCUGCGGAUAAUAAUGAUGCAAUUCGCCACGCGAUCGGCCUCCUCGCAGCGCUUCAACGCGGCAACAACGGAGAUCCUGCAGCAGCGGCAGAUCCUGUGCGCCCGGCAGCUCCAGCGGCACCUCGUUCCCGGGCUCCUCCUCCCCCUCUUGAUCUCGAGGGCGUCGACGACGGCGAUCACACUAAUCUCGAGAACCUCGACGAAGCUCUCAUGGCUCCCCGUGUGCUCCUCCUUGCGGCGCUGGUACUCCUCGCGGUGGCUUUCACACCAGCUAUUCAGCCAGCGAGCGCACAGAUUUCGAUUCCUGGCAUUGUUAACAUCACCAACGGCACGAUAGAAACUCCAGGUGGUACUUUUGGCCCGAAUGGCACGGGCAUUGGCGGCCCUGGCGGCGUUGGCAACGUCACUACCAACCCUGACGGGAGUGUGACCAUUGGCACCACCAAGUUCUAUCCAAACGGCACGUAUGUUACCAGCGACGGCCAAGUAGUCAACCCACCCGUUCCAUCCAAAAACCCCGACGGAUCUGUAACGGUCGGCGGCAUGAGCUUCUAUCCCAAUGGCACGAUCAUCGGCUCUGAUGGGAAACCUGUUGUUGGCGGGUUGCCGUCGAUCCCUGGGUUUAACACCUCUGAUGGAAAUUUCCAGGUCCCAGGUUUUACUGUGAACCCUAACGGUACCAUCACGCCAACUCCAGCUCCUCCUCCACCCAAGCCUGCUGGCUUCUUUGCAGCACCUGCCCGCGUAGUGACUGGGGUCAUCUCCCUGCUUGCCGCUGUGCUCUUUGCGUAA